AUGUUAUCAGCUAGAAAUUCCUUGAAGAAUAUUAGUCGUCAAUUCCCUAAAGCACUUACUCGUGCUCAAUCCACUACUGCCGCUCCAACCGGUCCAGUUAUUGGUAUUGAUUUAGGUACUACCAACUCAGCUGUUGCUGUUAUGGAAGGUAAGACCCCAAAGAUUUUAGAAAACUCAGAAGGUGGAAGAACUACUCCAUCGAUUGUUGCUUUCACUAAAGAUGGUGAAAGAUUGGUUGGUAUUCCUGCCAAACGUCAAGCUGUUGUCAACCCAAGUGACACUUUGUUUGCCACCAAACGUUUGAUUGGUCGUCGUUACGAAGACCCAGAAGUCCAAAGAGAUAUUAACCAAGUUCCAUACAAAAUUGUCAAACACGGCAAUGGUGAUGCUUGGUUAGAAGCUAGAGGUGAACAAUAUUCCCCACAACAAAUUGGUGGUUUCAUUUUGAACAAGAUGAAGGAAACCGCUGAAGCUGCUUUGAGCAAGAAGGUUAACAGUGCUGUUGUCACCUGUCCAGCUUAUUUCAAUGAUGCCCAAAGACAAGCCACCAAGGAUGCUGGUAAAAUUGUUGGUUUGAAUGUUUUGAGAGUUAUCAAUGAACCAACUGCUGCUGCCUUGGCCUAUGGUUUAGAAAAGAAAGAUGGUGAAGUUGUUGCUGUCUUUGAUUUGGGUGGUGGUACUUUUGAUGUUUCCAUCUUAGAUAUUGGUGCUGGUGUGUUCGAAGUCAAAUCUACCAAUGGUGAUACUCAUUUGGGUGGUGAAGAUUUUGAUAUCGCUUUAGUUAGAUACAUUGUUGAUGCCUUCAAGAAGGAAUCUGGUAUCGACUUAGAAAAAGACAAGAUGGCCAUCCAAAGAAUCAGAGAAGCUGCUGAAAAAGCUAAGAUCGAAUUGUCUUCUACUGUAUCAACUGAAAUCAACUUGCCAUUUAUUACUGCUGAUGCUUCUGGUCCAAAACACAUUAACCAAAAGAUUUCAAGAGCUCAAUUUGAACAAUUAGUUGAACCAUUGAUCAAGAAAACCAUUGAACCAUGUAAAAAGGCUUUGAAGGAUGCUGGUUUAUCUACUUCUGACAUUUCUGAAGUUAUCCUUGUUGGUGGUAUGUCAAGAAUGCCAAAGGUUGUUGAAACUGUCAAAUCUAUUUUCGGUAAAGAACCAUCCAAAGGUAUCAACCCUGAUGAAGCUGUUGCUAUGGGUGCUGCCAUUCAAGGUGGUAUUUUAGCUGGUGAAGUUAAGGAUGUUGUUUUGUUAGAUGUUACCCCAUUGUCCUUGGGUAUCGAAACCAUGGGUGGUGUCUUUGCUAGAUUGAUUUCUAGAAACACUACUAUUCCAGCCAAAAAGUCUCAAAUCUUCUCUACUGCUGCUGCUGGUCAAACUUCUGUUGAAAUCAGAGUGUUCCAAGGUGAAAGAGAAUUAACCAGAGACAAUAAAUUGAUUGGUAACUUUACUUUAUCUGGUAUUCCACCAGCUCCAAAGGGUGUUCCACAAAUUGAAGUCACUUUUGACAUUGACACUGAUGGUAUUAUUAAAGUUUCUGCACGUGAUAAGGCCACCAACAAAGAUGCUUCUAUUACAGUUGCUGGUUCUUCCGGUUUGUCCGAUGCCGAAAUCGAAAAAAUGGUUAACGAUGCUGAAAAAUUCGCUGAAUCAGACAAGGCUAGAAGAGAAGCCAUUGAAUCUGCCAACAGAGCUGAUCAAUUAUGUAACGAUACUGAAAACUCAUUGAAUGAACACAAAGAAAAAUUGUCCAGUGAAGCUGUUCAAAAAGUUCAAGAUCAAAUACAACAAUUGAGAGAAAUUGUUUUGAAAGCACAAGCCGGUGAAGAAGUUUCACCAGAAGAAUUGAAGCAAAAGACCGAAGAAUUGCAAAACGAAGCCAUCAACCUUUUCAAAGACUUGUACAAAGACGGUGGUGAAUCAUCUGGCUCUUCUGAACAACCAAAGAACUAA